CGCUAGGCGCGACUGGCUCCUAAGGGGGCGUGACAGGAAGUGAGGAGACGGAAGUAAGGAAGCGGAAGCUUGGUACCGGCCCCCAAGCGAGAGCUGAAUUUUUGACGGUUAGACCCGCUGACAGGAUGGCUGAUGAGGAGGAGGAUCCCACAUUUGAGGAAGAUAAUGAUGAUGCAGGAGGAGGAGCAGAUGGUGGACAGGGUAAAAGGAAAAGACUUUUUUCUAAAGAAUUAAGGUGUAUGAUGUACGGGUUUGGUGAUGACCAAAAUCCUUACACUGAGUCAGUGGAUAUUCUUGAAGACCUUGUCAUAGAAUUUAUCACUGAAAUGACUCACAAAGCAAUGUCUAUUGGACGACAAGGUCGAGUGCAGGUUGAAGAUAUUGUCUUCUUGAUUCGAAAGGACCCAAGGAAGUUUGCCAGAGUUAAAGACUUGCUUACUAUGAAUGAAGAACUGAAACGGGCUAGAAAAGCAUUUGAUGAAGCAAACUAUGGAUCCUGACAUCUUUUACGUUCUCUACUGUCUUCAAGUGUGUGUGUAGUAAAACUGUGUAAUUCCACCUUGCCAAAAAUGAGAAGUCUUGACUUAAUUUAAGUACUUCAUACAAUUAUCUUCAUCUAGUCAACCCUGUAAAUGAGAAAUAGAGUGACACUUAAUUGCCAUCUUUAUUUUGACUUCAUGGAUUGUAGAAGUGGUAUUUAGGUAUUGAAUUACUUGCCAUUUUUAUUAUUCUCGAAAGUGCUUAUUAGUUUUAGUAACAGUGUGGAAAAAGCUAAAAUACCUUACAAACCAUGCAAAUAAGCCUUUCUUUUUGAGGUGAUAAGAUAGUUUAAACUCAAUAGUAUUUAUGUAUUUGUCUUCUUUUUGUCACUGAAGUUUUAUAUUCUAGCCGUUUGUUAUGUGAAAUCUAAAUAGUUUUUUGGGGUUCUGUGAUUCAUAAAACCUAUUUCCUGGCUAGUUUCAAUAUGUCAGACAAAAAAAUGGUACAGGAAACCAUUAUUUAUACUAUGUAUUGGACUAUAUUUUUUAAGCAUUGUCAGUUUCUCUCUAAAUUCUUUUGCAUAAGAUUGAAUUUCUUAAAAGAAAUAAUUUGUUUUUAUUUAUUUCACUGGCUCUCAAAAGCAUUUUUUUUUGUGAGAGUUCCUCUUCCCUUUCAAAGUUCCACAAAAUUUAAGAUAAUUUGAAAGCUUUUUUUUUGGUUUGGUUUUGACUGAAAACCUUUUGGGCUUAUUAGACAUAUUGCUUAAGUGUUAAGAGAACUCUCCACAGAAAAAAUUUAAAUUCAGAGACAUUUAAAGAGUGAGUACUCUAAAAUUUUAGUAAAAAAUGUCCAUAUUUUAAGAAUCUAUACUUUGUUUAUAGUGUGUCUUCCAGCAUCUACACAUAUAUGACUAUAGGUGCUAUUAUUGUAGCUCAGGAUAUGCAGGUUUUGUGUGUGUUUAACUAUAAUGUAUUAAAUUAUUGCUAUUUUUAGUUUAAUAUUAGAAUUGAAAAAACAUUUGAGGGAAUCAUUGAAAAAUCCUUUUUGUUUCAAACUACACAAACUACUGCUUGUGAACAAACUAAAAUACUGCUAUCCAAAUUUUUUAUAUUAGGAAUAAAAUGAUCUAUAAACAUAAGUAAGUUAAUGGUUGAAAUCCAAUGGAUGGUAUUUAAUUCUUCUGUGCUAAGCUGUAUAUUCCUGAAAAUCUAUUCUUUGUAGAUCUUUAAGAAGUUUCUCAUUUUUUUCUCUUGCUCCUAUAUUGCCAUAUUAAUUAUCUUCAUAAUGAUAGCCUAUUUAUAUAGCACUUUACAAUUAUAAAACACUUUGACAGAUAUCUCAUUGUAUUCCCCAGCAGUCCUGUGGGGUAAGCAAUAAUUGUUUCUCUGUUACAAAUAAAGAGACUGAGAAUUAGGCCAACUGAGCUGACUGAGGUCACGUGAUCAGGUAUCAGCCAAACUGUGAUUAGAACUACUGUUGUCUGACUUCAAAUCCAAUUCCAAUUACACUCUCUGUUUACUGAAUUGAUUAGUAGGAUAUACACUCCCUGGAGCAGGAACUAGCUCACCUUGGCAUUUGCACCCCCCAAUGGAAACAUAAGUGGUAUGUAUCAGGCACUUAAUUUGUUUGUUAAUUAAUAUGAACUUAAAACAUAUAUAGCUAAGAUGGUCCCUUUAGUUUUCUAUAGUUUUUCUCCAUGCAGUUUAACUUUAGCACUCUAAGCAAGUAGAUUAUUUUCUAAUAGAUUACAAAUGCAAAUGUAUUUGAGCUUUUUUAUAAGCACCUAAGAAGUUGAAGUCAGGGUACUGUAGUAGGUCACAUUUACAUAAGUCUUUACAGUUUACAAAGUGCUUCCAUAACUUAGGUAACCAAGAUUCAAACCCAGGUCUUUUUUUAAAAUUUUAUUUAAUUAGAUGAUUUAGAAUAAUUUUCCAUGGUUACAAGACGCAUGUUCCUUCCCUUCCCCUCCCUUCUCCCUGCUUCCAUAUCUGAUAUGCAAUUCCACUGGCAAACCCAGGUCUUUUGAUUUCCAAGUCCAAUGUUAUCUUCUACAUCAUAUGACUUAUAGACUGUGGAGCCUUUGAGGGCAGGGUCUAUUCAUUUCGUCUUUGUAUCCCUAGUGACUGGCACAUAGGAGGUGCCUAAUAAAUGUUUAUGGAUGGCCUUUGAUGUAGUGAUCUUCCUGGUCCAUGCCGGGAAAUGGAAUGUAUCAUUUGACAUGUAUAAAGGGUGGUACACUUUGAGCCUAACUGUCUUUAGUCUCUUAAAAAAAUAUUUUUAGAUGUGAUUUUGCUGUUCAGUUACAUUUCACACAAUCACAUUUUAAAAAUAGAAGUCAUCUUUAAAGUAUCCGUUUUAAUAAUUCUAAAAUUGCAUUUUACUUCCAUACAAAAAAAUUGAAGAUGAUACUAAAAGCUUAACACAGUCCACAUAUCAACUCUUAUUUCCUUAUGUAAUGAAUAAAAGAUGAAAUAACUGAGGAAACAAAA